UAUUGAUAAAUAAUUGAUAUUGAGAUUCAGUAUCUGUAUCACAAUGCUAUUCCUCACGCCCAACACGAUUUUUGGGACCAUGACAAACACCAAACGCAAUCAUCUUCAUCGUUAGGUCCAGUUUCCAUUUCCAUUUCCUCUCUCACCUUCCCCUUCCUUCUAUGCUUACCUUCCCACUCUGAUCACUCACUCUCUUACUACCCCUAAAACCAUUGAUUCUCCUUUUGUACCCACCCGAUCUAAAUCUCUGCUCUUUUCUCCCAAAUCAAAAACCCCUUUUACUCACUUCGCAGUUUCUCUCAUCAAUUUUCUCCCUUUUCCCCUUAGUUCCGCUCCGCUGUCUACUUGUGGGUAUUGGAGCAUAGACAAAGAUGGGUGAGGGAGAACGUUUUCAGCUGGGGACUGUGGGCGCGUUGUCUCUAUCAGUGGUGUCAUCUGUGUCAAUUGUAAUUUGCAAUAAGGCACUGAUGAGCUCACUGCAUUUCAUUUUCGCUACAACUUUGACAAGCUGGCAUCUGCUUGUCACUUUUUGUUCCCUUCAUGUGGCACUCAGAAUGAGAUUCUUUGAGCACAAACCUUUUGACCAGAAAGCCGUAAUUGGAUUUGGGAUUUUAAAUGGAAUCUCAAUUGGUCUUUUAAAUUUGAGCCUGGGGUUCAAUUCUGUUGGCUUCUAUCAAAUGACUAAGCUUGCAAUCAUUCCUUGUACUGUACUGUUGGAGACCAUUUUUCUUGGGAAGAGAUUCAGUAAAAGAAUUCAAUUUUCCCUAGGUAUCCUCCUCCUGGGUGUUGGGAUUGCAACUGUCACAGAUUUGCAGCUCAAUGCUCUGGGCUCUUUCUUAUCUUUUCUAGCGGUGAUCACAACAUGCGUUGCUCAGAUUAUGACAAAUACUAUCCAGAAGAAGUUUAAGGUUUCUUCCACCCAGCUUCUGUAUCAAACAUGUCCAUAUCAAGCAGCAACCCUGUUAAUCUCUGGUCCAUAUCUGGAUAAACUUUUGACCAACCUAAAUGUAUUUGCUUUUAAGUAUACAACACAAGUGACGGUUUUCAUAGUUCUUUCGUGCCUUAUCUCCAUCUCUGUCAAUUUUAGUACAUUUCUUGUAAUUGGAAAGACAUCUCCAGUCACAUAUCAGGUUCUUGGACACCUGAAGACAUGCCUUGUAUUGGCAUUUGGUUAUAUUUUACUGCGUGACCCAUUCAGCUGGAGAAACAUACUGGGUAUUUUGAUAGCCAUGGUUGGGAUGAUUCUAUAUUCUUACUAUUGUAGUCAUGAGAAUCAGCAAAAAGCUGUUGAAGCUGCAGCACAAGCAUCCCAGGCAAGAGAAGGCGAAUCCGAUUCUCUCAUUAAUGUGGAAAAUGGAAAUGCAGUUGUGACUGAAACUGUUGGACAAAAGUCCCCUGUAUGGAGCAAAGACAAAGACUAAUAUGCUUAUUGGCUUUGUUAAAACAUUAUCAAGAACACUUGUAUUCCUUAUAGAGGGUUAACACUCACAAUCCAUAUGGAAUUAGGAAGUGCUGCCAAACCCACGUCUCGGUCGUUUUUCUAAGUAGCGUUAGUCUAUCAUUUUAUGAAUCGUUUGCCAACCAGCAAUGUUAAUGUUAGGGAGGGGAACAUGAACUUGGUCAUGUCGCAAUCCUAUCGGCCUACAAAUAUGGCUCAGUUGCAGAAAUUUACAAGUGAUGUUUUCACAUCAUGUUAAUUUAAAAUUUUAUAUAUAUAGGUAUUCAAACUUUUUUUUCUGCCUUGAAUAACAUAUAAACAUGUACCUGUAGUUUUCUUGGUUUCUCUCUGUUUUAUUUGUAUCUUGAUUGUAUUAUAUACCAAUAAUAAUUUCUUCGAGUUUCUUUCUGUUUUUUCAUUUUUUCAGAAACCCAACCUAAUCUUAUUCGAAUCACGAGGACCGCAUUAUAUUGUUCUCACAGGCUUGUAG